CCGAGAGCAAGCAAAGCAAGAGAGCUGCGAGCCUGCGAGUUGCUGCUGCUGCUUCUUCCUUCCCCACCCCCUCCCUCCUCCGUCGCGCACGCACGUAGCUCGGUCGGUCGUCGGAAAUGUCGACCAACUCGAGAUCCAACUCCAGGGCCAACUUCAACAACGAGAUCCAUGACAUCGCCACGGCGCAGAACGCCACCAUGCCCCCCAUGUACUACAGCGACCGAUCGCUGGCGGACUUCUUCCCUCCCCACCUCCUCAAGAAGGUCGUCUCGGAGGUGGUGUCGACGUUCCUCCUGGUGUUCGUGACGUGCGGGGCGUCGGCGAUCAGCGGCAGCGACCUGAACCGCAUAUCGCAGCUGGGGCAGUCGGUCGCCGGCGGGCUCAUCGUCACGGUGAUGAUCUACGCCGUCGGCCACAUCUCCGGCGCGCACAUGAACCCCGCCGUCACGCUCGCGUUCGCCGUCUUCCGCCAUUUCCCAUGGAUUCAGGUCCCCUUCUACUGGGCGGCGCAGUUCACCGGCGCCAUCUGCGCGUCGUUCGUGCUCAAGGCGGUGCUGCACCCCAUCACGGUGAUCGGCACCACCACGCCGACGGGGCCGCACUGGCACGCGCUCGUCAUCGAGGUCAUCGUGACCUUCAACAUGAUGUUCGUCACCCUCGCCGUAGCCACGGACACGAGAGCGGUGGGUGAGUUGGCCGGGUUGGCGGUUGGUUCCGCGGUUUGCAUUACGUCCAUCUUCGCAGGGGCGGUGUCGGGCGGAUCGAUGAACCCGGCGAGGACACUGGGGCCGGCGCUGGCGAGCAACCUCUACACCGGCCUCUGGAUCUACUUCCUGGGCCCCGUCCUCGGCACGCUCUCCGGGGCCUGGACCUACACCUACAUCCGCUUCGAGGACGCGCCCAGCGGCAAGGACGCGCCGCAGAAGCUCUCCUCCUUCAAGCUCCGCCGCCUGCAGAGCCAGUCCGUCGCGGCGGACGACGACGAGCUCGACCACAUCCAGGUCUGAUCGUCAUCGAUGCAGCAGCAGCUAGACGACGCGUCCGGCGGAGCCUUGAGAUCGAUCACUCUACCUUCUACCUAUGCUGUAUCAGUACUAGGAUAGUAGCUGUAAUGUCUCUCUCUGUGUGUCGUCCUCGCCGCUCUUGCAGUAACGAUUGAUCGAUGCACGCAUGCGUACGCACUGGCACGAGUGUGUGCCACGGUAGCAGAUGGCUCGCUCUGAUAAUGUGCCAAGGAGCUGGAGCUUAAUUUUGGGACGAACAGUCGAAUACUGUGGGCGUGCCAAUGCAAGUGUGUCUCUUCUGCUGUCACUUGUUCCAAAAGUUUGGUGGUGCCUAUAUAAACAGUCUCUUCUGCUCCU